AGCAACAUGUUGCUACCAGCGUUGCCGGUUCUUCUAAACAACAUCACGCAUACAACAACAAGAACGAGCAGUUCAAGCGGCCAUACACACCACGAUACAACAACAACAACAGCAACACUCACAACAACAUGCACAACAACAAUCAGAACAACAACAACAACAACGAUCGGCAACGUCGCCAGCGCGAAGCGAAUCGCAUCUAUUACGAAGAAAUUAUCGUCAAGCAGGCCAAUGCACGUGCUCUUCUUGCCGCCGACAACAGCAGUUGCAGCAGCAGCAGCAGCAGCAGCAACAGCCGUAACAACAACAGUUGCUGUAACAGCAGCAACAGCAAUCGUAGCGCCGCGGUCAGUUUCGUCGACAAAUUCGCUGACUUUGUAACCCAUAACCGUAGCAAUUCGAAAAGCAAACGCGACUUGCAAGUGCUCAACAAACACACUAAUAAUCCCAAUGCUGUCUCAUCUCUCAUUCCAAACUCUAACAAAAGCAGCAAUGGCAACAACAGCAGCAGCAACAACAACAACAACAACAGCAGCAGCGCUGGCAACAGCAACAACAACAACAACAACAACGUUAGCAGCAGCAGUAAUGGCAUAAAGACCACCAUUGGCAAAAAGACGCCUGUCAUACUGCUGGCCGCACGUGGUGCUGUACACAAAUCGCAGCAGCAGCAGCAGCAACAACAGCAGCCGCAGCAACAACAGCAGCAGCAGCAGCAGCAGCAUCCGCCACUCGCCCUGCUCAAUGGCAGUCCAGCAGGCGGCAAACCGGCAGUCACCUUGCUGCGUGUCAACGCCAACGCCAAUCGCAGCCGCCAGGUUAUCAUUACUCCAGACGCUGCUAACCUGCAGCAGCAACAGCAACAGCAGCAGCAGCAGCAGCAGCAGUUGAUUGAGGAAGAGGAGGAGCUCAUUGAUGAGGAUGUCUAUGAUGAUGCGGAUGCACUGAAUGCCGCCUUGUGCUCAUCGACAGCACAAAUCCUGCGCAAAUUUCGUAUACCCAAAGGCACAGCACUGACAGCCAAAUCGGCGGAUGGCUAUCUGGCCAUGCCAACGCCCACGCCUUCGCCGCCUAUUGGCACAACUGGUGGCAACGUUGCACUAGACGCAGCCGGCUAUGUGGACAACACAGAUGACAUCAUCGAAGAGCUCAACGAAGAUGAUCUGGUGGAGGAGGUAAUCGACGAGGAGGCGACUGGCUGUGAGGAGCAGCAGGUGCUGCAGCAGACAGUAAACGACAACGAUGGUCUUGAUCUCAGCAGCAGCAGCAACAGCAACCACAAUGCUUCAGCAGCAGCAACAGCAGCAAUGACAGCUGCAACGACAACAUCUGCCAUGCUGCUGCAGCAUCCGCAACAGCAGCAGCAGCCGGCUGCGCUGCAGCUGCAAACCGUGGGACCAAACGGCACUGUCACCUGCUUCAAUCUGCCUCCGAAUACCAUAUUGGUGCAGUCUUCCGAUGGCAGCAUCAUAGCGCAUCCCAGCAAAGCUGGGCAACAGCAGCUGAUCGUGUUGCCCGCGGACUGGCCAACAGCCAAUAUGGCUUUGACUGAGCCGACAGCGACGGCAGCUCAGCCAGCGCAAACGCAAACGCUGCUGCUGACAGCCGAUGGCACCGCCAUACCAAUCAUGGCCCCACUGCAGCAGCAACAACACCAGCAUCAGCAACAGCAACAGCAGCAGCAACAACAGCAGCAACAGCAGCAGGCUGCAGCUGUUGCUGCUGCAGCGCAGCUCUUUGCAGCGUAGGGUCUAAUGGGUGGCCAAAUGGGUCGAUUUUUGAAUAAUGCCACUAUAAUGCCAACCACAUACUUCUUUUAAAUGUUCAACCAACCCACUCAGACACGUUGCACACGUCGCAAAGCAACUUGUGGCACAGCUCGUUGAAUUGCUUUGCUGCCAGCUGCAACAAAUUCCCAGAUUUCAAUCCGUAAUCUCGUUUCAUUUGCCCCACUAUCAUUGGCUUAGGGCAUAGACCAAAAAUCGACGCAUUUGGCCACCAAAACAACAACAACAACAAAAACAAAAUCAAAUCAAAACAAAAUUUAAUUAAAUAUGAUAUCUAAACAAUAAAAAGCCAAGUUAAACUUAAAAAGCAGCCACAACUCAAUUGAAAAGCUAUGCGAAAAAAGAAGAAAACACAACUGAUAUUACAUAAUGUUAAAGUGCAUACCAAAUUUAUUUUUCUAUAUAUAUACAUAUAUAAGACAUUAAGCAUAAAGAAUCCUAUACAUACAUACAUACAUAUAUAUAUGUAAAUAUACUAUGUUUGUGUAGUAUAUUUAAAACUCUUGUUUAUGUUCAUGUUGUGCGCAAAAUGUAAAAUGAAGAAAGCAAGAAAAUGUUCAUAAUGUAAACACACAAAUACACACACACACACACACACACACACACACAUUGAUUUUGUUAUCUUUUGUAAACAGUCUGCAAAAAUACAAGACAACCACAAAUAAGUUGGGUUCAUAA